AUGGGAGAACGAGGACAAAGGCACCGAGUGAACUGCUGGUGGGUUGCCGGGAUUUUGUUGCUGUGCUUUGGGAAACGAAUCUGGGCUCAGCUUAGAUACUCUGUUCCAGAAGAAGUACAAGUGGGAUACCCUGUUGGAAAUAUUGCCAAGGAUUUAGGGCUUGACCUUAGCACUUUGACAGACAGGCGGUUUCGUAUUGUUUCGGGACCCAACCAUGCUCUGUUUCAGUUAAAUCAAAACACUGGAGUGUUGUAUAUUGGAAAAAUUACGGACCGCGAAGAGCUAUGCGAUGGAAUCAAAGUUUGUUUGAUAAACCUGAAAAUUGUUGUAGAAAGCCCACUGGAAAUACAUUACGUUGGCGUUGAAAUAACAGAUGUUAAUGACCAUUCACCGACUUUUCCAGAAAACGAACAACGACUGGAAAUAGCAGAGCAUACUCCUCCAGGUACUCGUUUCCAAAUUCAUGCAGCUAGAGACCCUGAUGUCGGUACACAGUCAGUCCGGUUAUAUAAGUUGAGCUCAAAUGAUUUUUUUGAUACUGAAAUCAGAGACAGCGAAGAGGACAAGAUACCGUUUUUAGUGCUUAAAAAGUAUUUAGAUAGGGAGCAAAAGGCAGAACACCGUUUGGUGUUAACGGCUCUUGAUGGAGGCAGUCCGUCGAAAUCUGGGAGCCUUAAUUUAAUUAUUACCGUGCUAGAUGCAAAUGAUAAUCGCCCUGUGUUCAGCAAAGAUAUAUAUACCGUUUCAUUAAAUGAAAAUGCCCCGAUAGGAACUCUUGUUAUACAAUUAAACGCUACAGAUUUAGAUGAUGGUUUAAACAGCGAAAUUGAAUACACGUUUGAAAAAACACAAAAGAAAAAAGUGCAUGACACAUUUGAAUUAGAUAGCGUCACUGGUGAGAUUCGAGUGAAAGGAAUAGUGGACUUUGAGGACACAGAAAUUUACAGACUAGAUCUGCAGGCUUCAGAUAAAGGCCAUCUACCUUGGACGGCCGAAAGUAGAGUUGUGAUAAACAUAAAAGAUGUGAACGAUAAUCAGCCAGACAUUGAAGUAACAUCAUUGUCCAAUGUAGUCCCGGAGGAUACAAAGCCUGGCACUGUUAUCUCCCUCAUCAGUGUUACGGACAGAGAUUCUGGGGUUAAUGGAAAAGUUAUUUGCAAAAUUUUGGACAAUGUUCCGUUUGAUUUGACGCCAUCCAUUGAAGAAAACAUGUACUCUCUUGUCACAAAGGGGCGUUUAGACCGAGAAAUUGUGUCCCAUUAUGACAUCACAAUAACAGCUACUGAUUGUGGUGAACCUUCACUUUCCGCUGUUAAAACCUUGAGUGUUCAGGUGUCAGAUGUAAAUGACAACAGACCACUUUUCAGUCAGAAUCCAUUUGAACUUUAUUUGGUAGAAAACAAUGCCCCGGGGGCAUCAAUAUUUUCUGUAAGUGCUGCUGAUAAUGAUCUGAAUGAAAAUGCAGCAAUAGCAUACCACAUUGUGAGAGGUAAUGGGCUGCAUCGUGAUAUAACAUCUUUCCUAAAUGUAAAUUCAGACAAUGGACAGAUUUCCGCGCUAAAAAGUUUUGACUUUGAAACACUGAAAACAUUCCAGUUCCAAGUUGUUGCCACAGAUUCUGGAACUCCGUCACUAAGCAGCAACGUCACAGUGAACGUGUUCAUUCUGGAUCAGAACGACAACGCUCCAGUCAUCCUGUAUCCAGUCAGCUCUAACGGUUCUGCUGAAGGUGUGGAGGAGAUUCCCCGCAAUGUGAACGCAGGACACUUGGUGACUAAAGUCAGAGCCUAUGACGCUGAUAUAGGAUAUAACGGCUGGUUACUGUUUUCACUGCAGGACGUUACUGACCACAGUCUCUUUGGUUUGGACCGCUAUACAGGACAGAUCAGAACACUUCGCUCAUUCACAGAGACAGACGAGGCUGAGCAUAAACUGGUCAUACUGGUGAAAGACAAUGGGAACGUUUCACUCUCAGCAACAGCUACUGUGCUUGUCAAAGUUGUGGAGCCCAAAGAGGCUUUUGCUGCUUCUGAUGUUAAAAGUGCAACAAAGGAUGAGGAGGAGAAUAAUGUGACUUUUUACCUGAUGAUAACUUUGGGCUCAGUUUCAACACUUUUUCUCAUCAGUAUCAUCGGGCUGAUUGCAAUGCAGUGCUCCAAAACCACAGACUAUACUUCUAAAUAUCUGCAAGAGACUAAUUAUGAUGGGACACUGUGUCACAGCAUCCAGUACAGAUCUGGAGACAAACGGUACAUGCUAGUAGGACCCAGAAUGAGUAUAGGAUCUACUAUAGUCCCGGGCAGCCAUGCGAAUACACUAGUGCUCCCUGACAGGAGAGGGACAUCUGGAGAGAGACUUUGA